UUAUUUUGGAAGGCGUUGCCGGAAGUUUCUGUAAAAAAUCUUAGCUAGCUCGACAACAUAUCGGCUUGUGUUGUGUGUGUAACGUUAUACUGAGGAAGUCGAGCGGCGAUGUUAUUGCUAAAAUAAACUAAAGUGAAACGUCUAAUAGCGCUGCUGUGUGGAGGACACCUGCCUGUCAGCCUUAAAACAGGAUGUCUCUGAAAAUACUGCUGGGUAUCCUGUGUGGCAUCAGAGCUUGGUCGGAAGCUUUGGCCGCGGAGACGAACCACACGGCUCAGCAGGAUCCUCCGCCGCUGCUGCUGGUGUCUUUUGACGGUUUCCGAGCGGACUACCUGAAGAGGUUCCCCAUGCCGAACCUGAAGCUCCUGUACAGCCAAGGGGUCCUGGUGGAGCAGCUGACGAACGUCUUCGUCACCAAGACGUUUCCCAACCACUACAGCCUGGUGACAGGGCUGUACGCCGAGUCUCACGGCAUCCUGGCCAGCAACAUGUACGACCCCGUCAGCCACAAGUCCUUCCACGUCAAUGACAGCGACCCGAUGUGGUGGAGCGAGGCGCAGCCCCUCUGGAUCACGGCGCUGGACUCAGGCUACAAGACGGCGGCCAUGAUGUGGCCCGGCUCCGACGUGCCCAAUGGAAACCGCACACCGACACACUUCUCUCUCUACGACAGCCAUGUGACCUUCCAGCAGCGGCUGGGGAACGUGACACAGUGGAUGUUGGGAGACGAAAAGGAGCAAGGGGUGAAGUUCGCAGCUCUCUACUGGGAGGAGCCGGACCGGUCGGGUCACAUAUUCGGCCCGGACAACGACACGGCCAUGGCCAAAGUGCUGAAGGAGGUCGACGACAACAUCGGCCUGCUGGUGUCGGAGCUGAAGCGGACCGGUCUGUGGGGUCGCGUCAACCUCCUGAUCACCAGCGACCACGGCAUGGCCGAGUGCUCGGCCGAGCGCCUCAUCCGGCUGGACGACUGCCUCCACCCCGACAACUACACGCUGGUGGACCCCACGCCUGUCGCAGCACUCAUCCCCAAUAAAGACCAAGAAGCUGUCUUCGUGUUGCUGAAAAAGUGCCACCCCCAUAUGACUGCAUAUCUGAAAUCAGACAUCCCCGACAGGCUGCACUACCGGAACAACGAGCGCGUCCAGCCGAUCAUCCUCAUCGCUGACGAGGGUUGGACCAUCGUGCAGCGAGGCAACACGCUACCAAGACUGGGCGAUCACGGCUACGAUAACUCCAUUCCCAGCAUGCACCCCUUCAUGGCCGCGGUGGGGCCCGGCUUCCGCCAGGGUUACCGCCGCAGCAGUCUAGAGAGCGUGGACAUCUACCCGCUGAUGUGCCGCCUGCUGUCGGUUCCCCCGCAGCCCAACAACGGCACCCUGACGCAGGCCCGCUGCCUGCUGGCUGCUGAGACCUGCUGGGACGUCCCGCUGAUGGUCGGCCUGGUGGUGGGCGUCCUGCUGGCGCUCUCUACCAUCACUGUUCUGUUCAGGUUCCUGAGACACCGCGGCCCGUCCGGCCCGCGUCCCUUCCAGAGGCUGGAGGUGGAUGAUGACGAUGACGACGACCCCCUGCUGGAGUAAAACCAGGUGGAGCCGCCCCCCCCCCCCUCACCUGUGUCACCUGUGUCACCUGUUCGUGCUCCCAGAGGUACUUUACAUGUUGCACUUUACUCACUGAGGCCGCUGUCCGAGCUUUCACACAAGACCUGUCCUUUUAUAAGUCAUACACUGGUGUAAAAGACUUCUGUAGGAAUAUUUUUGUUGCCCUUGACUCUCCGUAAUGUUACUGUUUUUAAACUAUGACCAGAAAAAAAAGUGCUGAUUUUGAGGAAACUUGACAAUUUUUUUAUUUUAUUUUGAGGAUGCACAUUGAGAUUAAUAGUUAAAUUCUGGGAUAUAAAGAGAUUUAUGUUAUAUUUUUCUGUGAGAAUUGUACUCAUAGAAACUUUAUUUUGUGCACUGUUUGUUUUAUUUUUUAUUUGUAGUGCUACAUUUUGUCAGCAGAGGGAGCCAGUUACGCAUUUAACAGAUCCUGUGUGUCUUGAAGAAGGAAAGCUUUUAGUUUUGAGUUUUCCUCUGGAUUCUUUUCAUGAUGUUUCUGUGUGCACUGUUACCAUUUCAGUUUGAGACAGAAAUAGGCUAAAUAACGCUUAAAUUCUCAUUUUAUCCACAUUUGCAUGCUUCAAAACUGAAAUUUGACACCUGAAUUGAUACAUUUUUAUGACUGAAUUAGCGCAAGAUGUAACGACUGCAGAGAGUGAUAUCUAUGCAAAUUAUUCAGUAAGUGUCGGUGUGUUGGGUAUCCAUUCUGUGCUUUACAGUCUGUAUAUCACUGAUGCCAAAGACUAUUAUUAAGAUGCACAAAAGAUGCUACAAGGAGAUAUCAAAGAUACAUUUUUACAGAGGGAUUUGUACGAUGAAAUGAGAGCUAUAUAUUGGUUAUUAUUAGCUGUAACUUACUGGAUCAGCUCGAUGUGGGGAAAAAAAAAGAGAUAUAAUUCAAGUUAUGAGAUGAAAAAACAUAUUUAUCUGAUGUUUGCAUGUUUUCUUAUGUCAUCAAAUCCCAUGAAAAGACCAAAAAACAAGCAUUGUGUGUGUUUAUUCUGACUCAUUCCACCUUUACAACAUCCUUCUGCCUCAAAUAUUCACUCCAGCAGAUAAUAGUCCCCAACAGAUGCACUUUGUCUUCUUUUUUUAAAUAAAAACAACAGCGUCCAGCUAUUUCAGGAUAUUUUUCGCGCUUUUACGCCUUUUUACUGGCGACAGCUGUUUGCCUUUGCGUCCGUCCGCCUGCGAUAUCACGAGGGAAUUUCUCCAAACAUGAAGUCAGACGGAGGAUGAACUGAUUCAUGUUGGUGGUUAAAAGGUCGAGGUCACUGUUACCUCCGUAAAAUACAUUUUUCUCUUUUUAUGACAGAAUUUCACACAAAUAUCUGUGAGGUCGAAAUUAUGAAGUGAUGAUGAUUUAUAUAUCCAAAAGGUGAAAGGUCACCUCCACUGUGACAUCAUAAUGUUGCUGCAAAAACACUUUUCUGUCCAUUAUUUAAACGCCAGAAGGAGAGAUGUCUUAUAUUGAGCCUUUAUUAAUAUAUACAGUCAUAGAAAAAAUAUUAGACCAUUGCUUUCUUCAAUCUCUUGUUCAUUUUAAUGCCUGGUACAACUACAGGUCCAUUUGUUUGGACAAAUAUUAUGAUAACAACAAAAAUAGCUGAUAAUAGUUUAAUUUAAGAGCUGAUAUCGAGACAUUUAACAUGGUUUUCUUGAUAUGGAUUUUGGUUAUUAUCAAGAAAACCAUGGAAAAUGACUGGAUAUCAGCUUUUUUCCAUGACUGUCUAUAUAAAUAUUAUAUUUGUCCACUCCUUAUAGCUUUUAUUAAACUGGCUGGUCAUGUUUUUAGCCAAGAAUGAAUUCUCUAAUCAUGACAGAAAUUCGCAGAAAUGUCUGUUAGAAUGAGAUGAUGAUAAUUUAUAUCCAAAAGGUCAAAAAACACUUUUCUGUCCAUUAUUUAACACUGAAACUCAGACAUUUGGUCUGAUACCGAACUGGUGACCUUUAUCUUCGGUGCUCACCUUGAAGCUGUAUUGAUCUUCUCUGCUACCAUGUUGAAUGCAUGUGAAGCAUCUAGAUUUUGCCCAUUUAUUAAACUCCUUUAAAGUAUUCAUAACAUAUUUUAUUUGAGUGUAGAUCAGGGGAAGGCAACCUGCAGCUGCAGAGACACAUCUGGUCUUUUGGCUCCUCCUGUGGCUUAAAACUUGAUAAAAGUUUAAUGUUUUCUGAAAAAUUGUGGAAGACUUUAGGGAAUUUGGUGUUAUUCCCCAUGAAAAAUGUACUUUUAAAAAUGAAAAAUAUGCGAUUGCACUUUUUUUUCUCCAAUAUCUGUGCACAAAAAAAUGUGGAAAAGCUAGAGCAGAUGAUAAAUAAACACAAAGUAACAUAUUGUACCUUUUUGUUUAUUUGGUAUGUCAUAAAAAGACAGCAGGAGCCAUAAAAUGGCCUGGAAAAAAAUACAUUUUGUUAGAUUUUAAUUCUGAUUCAUCAUUGUUGUCAGACUAGUUGGAAAAAUAUGUCCCCUGUAGACAGAAAAAAGGAAAAUUUCAGUCAACUAAGGCAACUUAAAUCAUAGCCUUUGCACAUCUGGUCCUCAAAGUUUUGACAAAUCCAGCUAUUUCAAAGGGAAAUUGACUGAUUUUGUCAUUUCUUUCACUGCCAGUGAUUCUACUUUAGCCGUAUGCUUCAUCUGCAGCAAGAAAUUGGCAAAUUGCUUUCUUUAAAAAGAUCAAAAUUGCAGCUCCAGGUGGAAUUUUCUUCUUUUUUUCUGGACAAAAGUGACAGAAGAGGUUGCUGAUUUCUGGUCCAGAUGGACCUACAUGUAACUGAGACCUGACUGGUUGUCAGCUGCGUACAAGGCGCUACUUCUUCUUUCAAAAUAAAACCUGUUUUUAAGAUUUAUAUCUGCAGGACAGGAAAGGGAGGGUCUUUUCUUGGGAUUUCUUCACAAUAACAUAUCUCCAGCUUCAUCUUUUCAUGCAGCGCUGCUCGCAUGCUUCCAGCCAUGUAUGUAGUGAUGUGUAUAUAUUCAGAGUUCAUGCAUCUAUUGAUGUGUGUAAGUAUGCCUUUUAAAACAAGUGAACUCCACGUCUUCACAUAUAUAUUUAUGUUUGUGAUGUUUAAAUGCUUCAUGAAAGCUGCUCUGUUUCUGUUGGAUCCGUAGUUACUGUUUUCUAGUUUUGAGAGGUGUAAAAAAUACAAAAUAUAAAAAAAAAUGGCGCUAUGCAAAUCCUGCCAGGCCUGUCCAGAGAUUCCUGUGGUUCAAUGAGAUUUUCAAAAUAAAAUAAA